AUGUUGCGAACGCUAGCCGCCACCCGACGGGUCCACACCCUGGAUACCAUCAGUCCUCAUCACUACAUCACCCAGGGGUUUUUGUCCGAGAUAAAUAAGCUGGAAAUCGCGUCCAACAUCAAGAACUUGGGCCCAUACCCGACGUACUCCGACGUGCUUAACCCUCAGCAUUUUUAUCAGAACGAAGUGUUGAUGAAAUACGCCAAUGAAAAACCUCACCCAGUGCUGCUUCGACAGUUGGCCGGGUACGGGAAAACGUUGACCAAGCAGAAAGUGCUUUCGUCGGCGAACUUUGUGCGGAUCGAGAUCCCCAUCCGGCUUGCCCUCCGCAUCCAGGACCUCCAGCUGUUACCCUUUGGCGUCGUUAAUAACUACCAUAUCCAGAAGGUGUACGAGCUGUACUAUACCACAUUCAACUCGUUCCGGCGGCAACCACCCAUCACUCUGAUCGCCGAUAACGCCAAAGCGUGCCGCAAAAUGCUGCAGAUGUUGGAUGACCACGUCUACAACUUACCCCAUCUCAUGAUGGGCGCAUUGGAGGUGAGUUUGCAUACCAAUGUCGGUCCGGAAGAAUUGGACCCGUUCAUGUCGCGGAUCCUCAGGCUGCGAAUCCUGAGACGGCUCAUUGUUGAGGAGCACUUGAGUCUCUCGGCAAUCUACGAAAACGAGCCGUAUGCUCGUAAGUCGGCAGACUAUAUUGGCGAGAUCUUUGACGAAUGUAACGCUGCCUACCACUUGAAGUAUGUCACCGACUUGAUCAAAACCACCAUCGACUACCCUAUCGACCUCUUACCUGACCUCGAGAUUGACGGUGACACCACUACCACCUUCCCCUUCAUCGUGCCUCAUUUACAUUACAUGUUGGGUGAAAUCGUGCGUAAUUCGCUCCAGGCUACGGUGAGAACUCAUGGCCAAGGCACGCCGCUGAAAUUGCCUCCAAUCAAAGUUAGUAUCAUUAAUGGCACCAAGGACAUCAUUAUUCGCAUCAGUGACCAAGGGGGAGGUAUGAGUCAGGAACAACUCAACAAGGUGUGGUCAUUCCAUAAAGACCCCGAUGUUGCUCGUCAAAGUCUCAUGAGUUUCCACCAGAUCCCGGGAUUACAGAUCUACUCCAACUUGAAAAAUGACCAGGAAGGGUGUCCUCUGUUUAGCAAAGCCGAAGACGCGUUGCAUCACACAUCGCUCGUGGAUAUGGCGCUGAAGAAACUGACGUUGAAGAACUUGAUUGAACGUCCGCACGCCGUUGAUUUGGGGCUCGGAUUGCCUAUGUCGAAGGUGUAUGCCGACUACUGGAACGGUGACAUCACCAUGAACUCAGUCCAAGGCUAUGGCUGCGAUACUUGUUUGACGCUUCGCAAAUUGGGUUACCAUCUGAACAUCGUCCAACUCGAUAAGGCGUAA